AUGGCCUUUCUUCAUUAUCUUCGUCUCAAGGUUGAAGCGUCGCUCGUUCGACUUGCCUUCCGUUGGAAACUCGAGCCCAGUUUAACCAAACAAGAUGAAGUCCUUCAGCUGCCCAGCCGUGAUCCAGGAAGAACGAUAAAAGUGAAUUCUUAUCGAGCAAGAGCAGAAAAACCUACCCCUGUCCUCGUGAACUUCCAUGGCAGUGGAUUUAUAGUGCCAUGGCAUGGCACCGACGAUGAAUUUGCUCGUCGAGUGGUUCAAGCCACCGAUUAUGCCGUGUUAGAUGUCGCAUACCGCCUUGCCCCAGAAAACCCAUUCCCUGCCGCAAUCCAUGAUGUCGAAGAUGUGGUGAAAUGGGUGAUUUCGAACCCCCAGGAUUUCGACCCUUCCUAUAUCUCUAUCUCCGGGUUCAGUGCCGGUGCCAAUUUAGCCCUUGUUGCCAGCAGUCAACUGUUUCCAAAGGAAACCUUUCGCCACGUUAUAUGCUUCUAUCCACCAACUGAUCUGGCAAAGGAUCACUCUAGCAAGGUUCCGCCAGAUCCGAAUGGGAGCCCCCUUCCUCCGUGGAUGUUGAAUAUCUUCACGGAGUGUUAUGCAUCUGGCCUAGAUUGGAGUGACCCCAAAAUCUCGCCCAUAAAUGCUACUGCGGACAAAUUUCAAAAAAAUACCUUGUUCUUUACCUGUGACCGUGACAAUCUGUGCCCUGAGGGGGAGGAUUUGGUCCAGAAAUUACGCGAUACGCAUGGGGAUGACGCUAUUAUGCAUCGACGAAUGGAGAAUUGUGACCAUGCAUGGGACAAAUCCUACAAAGCAGGGACUCCUCAAGAGAAGGCCAAGGAUGAAGCUUAUGAUUUGGCAAUGGAAUUGCUAAGACGAUAG